UCACGUACUAAAAAUUGGUUAAACUAUUUUCGUGACCUCUAUAAAAAGUCAUAAAGACAUAAAUCAAUCCCUCGGAUCUCCAAUUCUCAGAAGGUACAAAACCCAAAACAACUCCUUGACAAAAGAUAUGGCUAGGAGUUCCAGCUUAGCGAUUUUGGUCAUAGCUUUAUCGGCUAUAUUGCAAGCCACCGCUGCACAGACAACGCAUGUGGUCGGUGACGAGUUGGGUUGGCUGGUCCCUCCUGGUGGCCCCAUUGCUUACUCGACUUGGGCUGCCAUGCAAACUUUCACCGUUGGCGAUGUCCUUGUUUUCAACUUCACUACUGGAGAGCAAGAUGUGGCCAUGGUCACCAGGGAAGCCUAUGAAACCUGCAACUCAACUAAUCCCAUUUCGCUUCAAACAACUGGCCCGGCGAACUUGACCCUUGACUCAAUUCGCGAGUACUAUUUCAUAGGUACUAUAGACCAACACUGCUCCUUAGGGCAGAAGUUAGCCAUCAAUGUCUCUGCCCCUGGACCUCGGCCUAGCCCUGUUCCUGCUCCUCCACGAGGGCCAAUUACCUACAACGUUGGUGAUGACUUGGGUUGGCUUGUCCCUCCUGCUGGUCCCCUUGCGUAUGAGACUUGGGCUUUCAACAAGACUUUCCUUCUGGGAGAUACUUUAGUAUUCAAUUUCAUCAAUGGAACACAAGACGUGGCUGUUGUGACCAAAGAAGCCUAUGAAACCUGUGAUACUAACAACACCAUCACGGUUUUAACCACUAGUCCUGCUAAUAUCACCCUCACCACCACCGGUGAGCAUUUCUUCACUAGCACGUACGCACGCCACUGCGACUUGGGUCAGAAGCUAGCCAUUAAUGUCACAGCCAGUACUAGCACUUCAAAUCCACCAUCUAGCUCCACAGAGCCUCCAUCCAGUGGCUCAAAUCCUGUUUCUGAAGGUCCCUCCGCUGCGCCGCCGCCUUCUCUAGUUAGCUCAGCCCCGUCUCCUCUCAUAGGCGGCUUCUUCAUUACCCUCUUUUCCCUAGCCAUGGCAUUCUUUUAACAUACAUUAGCACGUAAAUAUGUCACUACAUUUAUUGUUUAUCUUUAGGACUAUGUUAUCACUACAUUGCAUACUUGUACUCCGAGAUGACAUUCAUUUUAUUUGGUUUUCGCUCCGUGUUUGGAUGUUUGGGGAGAGGAAUUGAGUGCCUUUCUCCAUGUCAUUAUUUUAUACUUUUAUAUAAUAUUAUAUGUCAUUAAUUUA